AUGACCUUUGGCCCCCGUCUUCCGAGUCAAACUACUAACAGACUCUCUACAGGAGGCGGCAAAGGUUCAUGGUCCGCCUGGAAAGCGGGCGAGUUGGCUCGCCGCUAUGAAGCCCAGGGCGGUGAUUACAAGGACACUGGAGAUAAUAAGAACAAGGCACAGAAGGGGGCGCCUGAGAAGAAGGAGAAGAAGUGA